AGUGACAGGACACAGUUUGAGCACUUACAUGAUGGCUGGCCUGAAUGCCUUAGGUAUUUGGCUCCUUGUCACAUUUGUUGGUGUGACCCACAGUUAUCUGACAAAGACAGCCUCAAGUCCUUAUUCUGGUGAGGGAUCAGACCAUGCUUCUACGUGGGAAGUCCCUCCUGGUGAAUUUGCACAUUUGACACUGGAGUCCUCUACUGGUUCUGAUCCUUCUCGUCAAGUUGCUCCACAUGAGGAGCCUCAAUAUGCACAACCCAAUGCUCAAAUGGGACCUGUACCAGCAGCACCUUUACUGCAAGUGUAUGGUGGCAGCCCUCAAGGUUCUUUAAAUCAAAAUUUCUGGGCGAUUUCACCUCCCAGUCCCUUUUCUGAUGGUCUGUCCUCUGCUAGCGCACAAGGGUUUUUGUCAGAACCCCAUCCUUCUGCUUUUAACCAUGAGACCCCGCCCAGCCAGAUGUUGUCGUUUCGGCCAGGUGAAAUGACCUAUGUGGAGAAGAUCUACGACCGUGGCAUCUACAACGGUGAAAGUGAAGCAGAGGGACCAACAUUCCAAUACGUCCCGGUCAGAAUUCCCUAUAGGGUCCCAGUUGGUAGUCCCCUUUUUGGCCCACCAGUUGGUGGGUUUUUGUUCGGCUAUCCCCAAGAUUACAUGAUGAUGCCAUCCCCGAUCCCCUACAGUCAAAGACUCUUUAUGACCAAACCCAUGAAGAGGAAGUCUGGCUAAACUGCAAAGUUGUCUUCAAAUUGGUAGUUUUGGUCUGAAAUGUUACUAGUCUUACAGCAGUUUUCAACCAGGUUUUCUUCUCAGAAUGCAUCAGAACUUCCAACUAAGUGGGAACCUGUCAUCUUGACUGGACCCAGCAAGCUUUUUUUUUUUUUUUUUCCUCCUGAUUGUUCUGCUAAACAAUGUUGUACUUUUUUUUUUUUUUUUUUUUUUUUUUUUUUUUCAUUGUCUAAAUGAGGUUGGCUUUGUUUCACAUGAAUAAACCCUUUUAAACAUUGCA